AGUCCAUACUUAAAAGUCUCAGACAAUGGAUACAUCAUAUUCUGUGACCAACCUUUAGCUAUGUUCUUUGACUCUAUGAUUAUAUAAAAAAGUUUGUUUUGGUUUUUUAAGGUUAGGUCCUGUGGGCUUUAAAUUUAGCCCCUUUUCUCUAUAAGUUGUAAAGGAGUACUGUUUAUUUCAGUUGACCAUGGCAUCGACCUUAUUACGACAACUGUCUCAUGGUGCAAAAACGUUCCUGUAUCAAAACGGCUGCGAUGCCCUGGGAGUCGCCAGACACGCAGCGGUGCGCUGCCAGCACGCGGACGCAGCGGCUGCGUCGCAGUCCAUGCCGACUGUCCGCAGGAGCGACGCUGCCCUGAGGGUCCAGCUGUCGGACUUCGGCCGGUACGUGCGCGAGUGCCUGCCCAGGUUCGUGCAGCGCGUGCAGCUGACGGCCGGGGACGAGCUGGAGGUGCUCAUCGUCCCGGAGGGCGUCGUGCCGGUCUUGCAGUUCCUCAAGGACCACCACACCGCGCAGUUCGCCAACCUGGUGGACAUCGCCGGCAUGGACGUCCCCAGCCGGCAGUACCGGUUCGAGAUAAUUUACAACCUCCUCUCCUUGCGGUACAACGCGCGCAUCCGAGUCAAGACGUACACGGACGAGCUGUCGCCCGUCGACUCCGUCAACGACGUCUUCAAGGCGGCCAACUGGUACGAGCGGGAGAUUUGGGACAUGUACGGCGUGUUCUUCGCCAACCACCCGGACCUGCGGAGGAUCCUGACGGACUACGGCUUCGAGGGCCAUCCCUUCCGGAAGGACUUCCCCUUGACGGGUUACGUUGAGGUCCGCUACGACGACGAGAAGAAGCGGGUGGUCAUGGAGCCCUUGGAGCUGGCCCAGGAGUUCCGCAAGUUCGAGCUGUCCGCGCCCUGGGAGCAGUUCCCCAACUUCCGCGAGGGCGGGCCCGUCGCCGAGGAGGCCAAGACGCCCGACGAGGGGAAGAAAUAAUCGCUGCCGUGCGGUUUUGGACUCUUCGCGUUGAACUUUUUUUUUGUUGAAUAGUAAAUAUUUUAGCGAUGACUGUAUUAAAUGAACAUCUAAAACACCGGUAUUUGAGCAUGAUGUACAUAAUAUCUCCUCGACCGAAAGACAACUCCUUGAAAGAAUUCAGUAUUAUUCUUACUGUCUGGAAUAAUGGCUUUUCUUUCAAAAUCAUUGUUCAGAGAAAUAUGUUGUAAUAAAUUUGUACUAGCAAACAGUACUGGAGCCUGCA